AUGGUGGUGGUGGUGGAGGAGGAGGAGGAGGAGGAGGAGAUGCUGCGGAUUCGUGCAGGGCGAGGAGUCGCCGCUGCGCGCGUCCGCCCACCGCCCGGCGGCCCCAGACAGCUGGGCGCCAGCCAGCACGAGUGUCGGCCGCAGCAGCAGCAGCAGCAGCAGCAGCAGGCGCUGCAGCCUGAGCCGCAGCCGGCCUCCAUCCAGCCUCUGCCAGACUGGGCGGCGCCGCGCCCGCCUGCGCGCCCACACCCGCCUCCCGCGCCGCCGGCACGUCCUCUUUCCCGACCCCCGGCUCACACGAAUUUGCUCCGCGGCGGGUUCCAGCCGCGCCUUCCGACUUCGCUGCCGCCCCCAGGGCAGCAGCAGCAGCCGUCGCCGCUACCACACCGACAGCCCGUCCCGUUGAUGCCUCCCGCGCAGCUUCAUCCGGGAGCGCCCCAGGUGGUCGCUCCGGCGCCUGCGGUCCCUCUUCAGUCGCCACCGCCUUCGGAGCUGAUGGACGUCGACCCCUCAGCCGGGCCGCCUUCCCAAGCGGUGGCUGUGCAGCCUGUCCUGCAGCCGCUUUCCUUGGGCACCCCCAAGGAGUCUGACACCGCAGCGCCUUGUCCGGCGCCCACUCAGCAGCCGUCGACGCAGCGUCAGGAGACGCUGCCUCUCUUCGUGGGUCCCGUCGCCCCGUCGCGUCCAGUACCAGAAGCUGCGAAUGCGGCGCCGCCCACAGAGUGUGAGUACCCAGCGCCAUCCCCGUCGUACGCGAAGCGCCAGACGUGCCCCCUGCGGGCGAAACGCUGGCGCCAGCUGGGUUCCUGA